CUCGCGGCGGCGGCGACGGCGGCGGGAGGUUCGGUUGUCGCCCGUUGGCCGCGCGGCGCCGCGCUCGGCGGCCGCCAUUGCAGUUUUUCCGUUGCCUUUUUAAAGAAGGAAGGCUCAUGGUGCAAAUUGUCAUUUCCAGUACGGGGGCUGGAGGCCUGGCAGAAUGGGUGCUGAUGGAGCUACAGGGGGAGAUCGAGGCUCGCUACAGCACUGGAUUAGCUGGAAACCUCCUGGGAGACCUACAUUACACCACUGAGGGAAUCCCUGUGCUGAUCGUGGGGCAUCAUAUCCUGUAUGGGAAGAUCAUCCACCUGGAGAAACCUUUCGCAGUCCUUGUCAAACACACUCCUGGCGAGCAGGACUGUGACGAGCUUGGUCGAGAGACUGGCACCCGGUACUUGGUGACAGCACUCAUCAAGAACAAGAUCCUUUUCAAAACUCGCCCCAAGCCUAUUAUCACCAACGUCCCCAAGAAAGUAUGAAAGAACCCCGGAUUUUCCCUAGAGAGCGGCCAACUCCUUGGACUCGUGCUCCAUUGCCACCUCGAGGACGGCUAGACGGCUCCCUGGGACCACAGGGAGGGCCUGUCAU